AUUGAAUUCAAUCAUAUGUAUAUUGUACAUCAUAUAAUUGACCUGGCGUCUAAAAUAGGAAACAACCUAUCAGGAUACAUAAAUCUCUUAUGUCUCAUUCAUAUUGGAUAUAGAAUAGUCACUAACGCAUAUAAAUACUGCAUAUGUAUAUACAUAUGUGCACAAUUAACCUUGUAUUCUAACCUAUCCAAAUGUAUUUACAAAAAAGUAAAAUUCAUAAAAGAGAAAACCAUUUUGAUUUGAUUAUUACAAUUAAAUAUACUACUUACUAUUUGUAACAUUUGUGAUAACAGUAGUACUGAUAGUAGUAGAAGUCGUAGUAGUAUUAGUAGUAGUCGUUAUUGUUGUUGUUUAUGUAAUAGUAGUGAUGACAUUCAAAGUGUAUUAUCGGAUGAUCAAUAUUUCAAUGGAUUAUUAGACAAUUACUCAACAGAAACAAUUAUAAAUUGAUUUCAAGAAAUUAGAAACCAAAAAAGAAAAACAAAAAAAACAAAAACAAAAACAAAAAGAAAAACAAAACAAAGACGAGAGGGAUUAUUUUGGGAAAAUAAUAUUUCUGUUUUAUAUUAAAUCAUAUUUCUAAAUAAACAAAUGGGUGGUAUUCAUUCAAAUAAAAAAAUUAAUAAAACAGAAUUAAAAAAACUUUCAGCAAAAACACAUUUUACAGAAGGACAAAUUAAGAAAUGGUAUAAAGGAUUCAUAAAAGAUUGUCCUUCAGGUCUAUUGAAUCGCUCAACAUUUCUUAGUAUGUAUACACAAUUUUUUCCAGAUGGUAAAGCUAGAUUAUUCUAUGAACAUUUAUUUCGUACAUUUGAUCAAGAUGCUAGUGGAAGUAUUGAUUUCAAUGAAUUUUUAACAGCUAUUAGUAUUACUCAAUCAGGUAGUCCAGAGGAAAAACUUGAAUUAGCAUUUCAAUUAUAUGAUAUUGAUAGAAAUGGAACAAUUGAAGAAUAUGAAAUGACACAAAUUAUUAAAGCUAUUCAUUUAAUGGUUGGUGAUAUUGAUGAAGAGAAUAGUAAAACACCAGCAGAACGUACAAGAACAAUUUUUACUAAAAUGGAUAUUAAUUCAGAUAGUGUAUUAACUAAAGAAGAAUUUAUUCAGGGAUGUUUAAGUGAUGAACAUUUAUAUCGAUUACUUGCUCAGAAUGAUGGUCAAAAACAAUAGAUUUAAUAAUAUAAUACAUAAAAUUUUUAAAUAUAUGACAUAUAUAUAUACUUACUACUAUUGAUACUUUUAAGUAAUAUAUAUGAUUCUACAAAAAUAUUGAACGAGUUGACAAUUAUUCUUGUUCAAGUAUAUCUUAUUGGAUAUAAUAUAUCAUAACAAGUA